AUGAAUUAUCGACCACCCAAAGUGAAUCAGCUAUAAAGAGGAUAAUAAGUGCUACCAGAUUAGUAAUAACCUGAAGAAAAUUCAUUUUUUAAUGAUUUGGAUUAUUAAUAGGACUAGAGACUUUUUGGUAGUGGCUACCCUUCUAUGAUAACUGCACUUAAGUGUCCUCAGCUAUAAGAAAAUAAAGGACCAACAAAGUAUCAAUAACCUGAACCUGAAGAAAAUUCAUUUUUUAAUGAUUUGGAUUAUUACAGCUAAAGGGUUUUAGAGAGUGACGACACUCAUUUUGAUAUUAUGUAUACUUUAAGCAAUUGA